GAGCUGCCAACUGCCACCAUCGCAGAUAAUUUGCCAGAAAUCAAGUAUGGAGAAAAGGUGCGGAUAGUUUGUGCGAUUACCGCCAAUCCACCUCCAACCAAAGUUUACUGGGAAAAAAUAUAUAAUGGCAUAUCCAAGGUGAUAAGUAAUGGAACAUUAGGUACAGAAGGAAUUACGGUUGACAAUCCAUCUAUCACGUUGUUACAUGCAACGGAUUCGGAUUCAGGACUUUACAAAUGUUUUGCUGUCAAUGAAUUCGGAAUGGGGUACAGUUCAUCAACUAAACUCACUGUCAUUGGAGGUCUUCCAAAGGUGUUUGUACCAUCUAUAACGUACCUUACUGGCACUGGUUAUACAAUAACUCUAACAUGUCAUUACAAAUGCGUUUCCUGUAGUAACAAAGGUGUACUGGCAAAGAUAUAUACAUGGCUCUACAACAAUAAUUUCAUCGGCUUCCAUUGCAUAUCUAGGAGUCACCGUUGAAAAUCCAUCGUUAAUAAUUCUAUCAGCAAGGGAAACGAUGACUGGGGAAUACACAUGUUUUGCUGUCAAUUCCAUGGGCACUGGUAGUAGCCUUCCAGUACAGUUAACAGUCCAGGCUGGAAUUACACAACAAGCGCCAAUUAAAGAAUAUGCGGAAAAACGGGAUCAUACUAACACAGUUACACUAGGGAUAGUUGGAGGCAUAGCUGCAGUAGCUGGGGUUGUAUCGUGUGUCAUUGCAUGCCUGGCGUACAUGUACAAAAGAAGGACUGGUGCAAAAGAGAUAAUGAUAGCAAAUAACAUCGGACUUGAACAAAACGAUAGUCCUCCUAGGAACUUACCACUUAAUAUACGGCACUCAGAGUUACAGUCUGAAACAGAAGACUAGCAAACACUAGAACAGUGUUUUAUUAUUAGUGCUACUUACACCUGCUAUAUGCUUGUAAUUGAAGCACAAACUUAAAGUUUUAUUUUAAGAAGUAAACAUGUUUUAUUGAUAACUGCAGAUUUUAAACCUUCAUUACAGUGUUACUCAUUUUUUUAUUUAUACAUUUUAUAUGUCAUGCAUUCAUAACAGCAUUUGAUGUCAGACUUGUAAUUUUUCAAAUUAAAUUCAUAUCAAUUCAUGUUUCGAUUUGAGCAUUCUAGGUGAAGGUAACUAUGUACUCCGCACUCCGCUGAUUAUUAUAUGAGUCUUUAAUUUUGAAAGAAGAAUAAAAAUAGAUAUUUUCA